AUGGGUGUACUGAAGCAUGUUCUUGGAGUCUUGGACUCCAAGGUUGGUCUUGACACCAAGAACGUCCCCAAGGGAACCACUCAGACUCAGCAGAAGCGUUUGCAGAAGUUGGAAGCUGAUCACCAAGAGAAGAAGCGCAAAGUGGAGUUCCGUGAUCAGAUUGGUGCUGGAAUGGUAGUGAUUUCUCGCGCCAUGCUCUACCAACCUCUCCAGUUCGAGGAAGAUAAACUGGAACGUCUGGAGCUCAAGCUAAUGGAAGCCAAGGAGGAUGGAGACCAAGCCAAGAUCAAAUUCUACACUGAGCGUGUUGAGUUUCGUCAAAACCGCGUGGAAGCCAUGCAGGAAGAGAUCACGGCGAUGGAAGGCAACAAGGAAGACAACAAGAAGAAGAACAAUUGA